CGCAAAUAUUUUACCAAAAAAAGUAUACGCAAAUAAUAUUUAAGAGCUGUAGAGAGAGAAAUUACCUAACUGGCUGUAACAUGUAAGUCUGCAUGGAAUUUAAGAGCUCUGCCUAAUUAGUGUACAUACAAUAGAAUAUAUAAUUGAACUGCUAAUAAGUCAACAAAGAUUUCAUUAUAAAUAUAUAACAAUCCCCACUGAUUUAAUUUGUAUAAUCCAAGUUUAACAGAAACAAACAAUUAGUUAAGUGUAAGAAAUGGCAAAGACCCUCAAUUCAAUCUGCUUCGCCACUCUUUUGCUCGUUGUCUUGUUAAUGUCCACCGAAAUCCAGAAGAGCGAGGCGACUUGUAAGAAGUUCUUAGGCGAAGCCCCAGUGCAUCCAUGUAAGGAAAAAGCUUGUAAGGAAGUGUGUAAGGAACAUUACUACCACUCAUGUAAAGGAGAGUGUGAGAUGCAUGGCUACGAAGAGCAUUGCCACUGUUACGGAAAAUACUGAAAAUUACACAAAUAAAAUAUCGUAUGAAAUAAAAACAAAUAAAAUCUUAUACAUAUAUAAUGUAAUUGUGGUAUGUUCGAUCUAAUAAGGUAUGUAUGUUUAAGUUGUUUGCUUCAAGUAAAAUGAAGAAUGUUGACCUUCUAAGUUUAUAAUAAGAUCAUGUUGUAUGCUGUUUCGUAUUAAUAAUAAACUAUACUUGUGUUAUGUCUACGUACUUUAAUUCGAUUUAGAUUAAAAAAUACGCACUCGUUUUCUUCACGAUUUUCGUUAUAAUGCUAUCUCUAGCAAAUCGCAAGUAUUAUAAAUCAUAUGCAGCUACAUAUCCACAUAAUGCAUGCUAUUGACAAAUAUAUUAUGGUGACACUAUAAUUUGUAUUUAUUCAGAACUCGGUGAUGAUAAACUUCUUAGUUUCGAGAAUAACUAUUUUACUUUCCCCUACGCUGAUUACCAAAAUUCUUAUUAAACACACAAACUUAUGAAAGUAUAAACUCCACUACUGUUAAUUUCUUCUUGGUAAAUACGUUUUACUCAGGAAAGAUUGAGUAAGCCGUUUUUGUUCAGAGAAUAUCUAAAUUAACUAGGCUUUCAUUUAUAUUUUAUUGUAUACACUAAUUCAAGCAUGCAUUAAAAUGUUUAGGGAACUAGGGUUCUAGCCAGGAGCCUUUGCCGCAAUAAUCUUUCUAUUUAAACCGUUAGCAUUAUAAAGCUAUAGAAAUUAUAAAUCAAAUAAAAAGGGGAGAAGGAUUUGACUUUAAAGCUUUUAAAAGGUCGAGAUAGAUUACCUUACCCGGAUGGUUAAAAGACAUUAAUGAGGAGUUUCAUUAUGAACUAUAGCUAGAAUCAAGUGGCCAUGAAGUCUAGCUAGCUAUACGAAACAAUUACUAUGGAUCAAAUGACCUCUAUAGAAUUAGCCAAUUAGGUAAUACUGCCACUAAGAAAACUUGAAAAUUUGGUUAUUUUAUACCGUUUAAUUUAAUUACUCCCCAAUAAAGCAAAAGGUUGGCAGCAUAUCUAAAUUUUUACUACCAUUUCCAAAGCCAUGCUCGUUAAAAUGAGGAAAAAUCACAUAGCCAACAAAACUCUUCUCAUACCUUUCUACUUCUUUUCUUCCUCUUGUCAGUUGUCACCAGUUCUACUUCUCUACAUCCUCCUAAACCCUUCAAACACUUUUGGUCACCGAAAACCCACCGGUCAAGUUUCCUGCGAACAAUCUGAUCAUGAUACUUCUUUAUCCGGAUUCGUUUUAUGUAUCUCAACCUUUUAUAAUUUAUUUC